UUGCAUAGGUAGGUAUCCAAAAACUGAGAGCGUGCGCGCAAAAAUACAAAAUGCUAUUCAAAAUUACUAGUUGAGGAUAAAAUGCGCAGCACGCUAGCGAUUGUGCUCUUGUCCACGGUUAUCCAACUUUGCCAGGGAACUGUCAACUACUGUGGCGCUAAGAUGUGCGGAUACACUAAUGUGCACACCUUUUGCCAAUAUCCUGCUGGUCCCAGUCCGUCCUGUGUGGGCUACGUGCACGCGCCGUUGACUCCGGAAGAGAAACUUCGUAUCCUCGCCCGUCUGAACCGGCGACGGAACGACGUGUCCGCGGGACGCCUUCGUGACUACCCCACAGCUGGGGAUAUGCUAAAGCUGCGCUGGGUGGAGGAGCUGGCUCGCGAAGCCCAGCGCUGGGCGGACCAGUGUCGGCCGCCGCAGAAUCCGGACGAACACGAUGCUUGCCGAGAUUUAUAUUCGGUGUCGGUGGGCCAGUGCGUAGCGUCAGUGGUGGGGGAAGCGCCAGGUCUCCGCCCAGAGUCCAUGGUCGACAUGUGGUACAUGCAGAGCGUUCACUAUAAGGGGAACGUCUCCAACUAUCUAUUUCCAAUGAGUAUCACAAAUUACUAUGGAGAUUUUGCUCAGAUAGUGUGGUCGUAUACUUACAUGGUUGGUUGCGGAAGAAGUCGAUUUAUGAUCCAGCUAAAUGGUCGAUCCCGUACAGUAGAACGACUGGUAUGCAACUUUUCCCCAAGAGGCCCCAUGUCAGGCGAACCCAUCUGGAUACAAGAUGAUCCUGCGGCCAUUUGUCCACCGCGGUCAUCACCAGAUACGGAAUUUAAAGCGCUUUGCACUUAUCAGCCCUACUUAGAUGUGACUAAUAACAUGACAACUAUAGAAGACAAUACGUUGUUAAACACAUUAUUUGAAAUAGAAAUGAAUGACAUUUUGAACUAUCCAGGGAGCUUGGAUGAAAUAUAUUUAACUAAGAUUGCAGUUGCUACGUUGGAAGAUAAAGCGAAAACUGUUCCGUAUAAUAGCUUUCAAAAACGAGAUAUAAUAUCACUAGAUACGCCUAUUGUGAAUAAUGAACUAAAUAACAAUUUGCAAGAAUCCGAUAAUGCAGUUCGUGUAAUUAGAAUAGUAGAAAAUACAAAAGCAAUUUUAACACACACUACUGCUAAAGCAAAAUUGGUGGGAAGAUUUAAAUCUUAUAAUCCCGAUGAUUUAAUGGACGUUGGUGGUGCCCAAACAACACAAAAUUAUGAAAUUCCCGCUGAUUUACCAAAGGAAAGGGAUUUUGACGCAGACUACCAGUAUCUAAAUUCUUAUGAAGGUGACUUAGUUUCUACUGACAAUGUAAUAGCAAGUUCUGAAACAUCUACGGCUUCAGACUACAAAACAACAGAGCACUUGAAUAAUACAUCGGAAAUGACUUAUCCUGUAGUAGACAACCUCACUUUUAUUAAUGUUACCCACAACUUUGUAGAAGACUUCGUAAUGAGCAAUUUAACUAUCAAUGAAUCUAUUGGAGACAAUAAUAAUGCUUCUUUAGUUUCAUUGAAAGAGGAUGAACUUCUGUCGGAUCCGGAAAUAGUACGAGAUCUCGAGUUGGCGUUGAAGCAGAUGGAACAGAGUAUGGAAACAUCAACAAUAACAACGCUUAUGACAUCGGUUGAGCCUGAAAAGGUGAAACGUGAUCUCGGAAUGAAAUCAAAUGAGCUUAUGGAAAGCAAACCAGGAGAUUCCCAUGACAUACCAUCGUACUUGCCAGAUUUAAACAUGACUGUGGAUAAGGCACCGAUGCUGAAUAUGAUAUUGAAGUACAUGCCCUAUUUAAAACCAUACAAAAAGGAACUUAUAGACAAAGUUACAAAUAGGGCUGUCAUUGUGUCGCCAUCUUGUUUUAGUCUUAUGGUGAUUAUUGUACGUUUAAUGUAAAUGUUGGUUAAGUUUAUGUAUUGGUUUGUUUGAGUAAAAGCAA